UGGCCGCCGCAAGCCUCCGCCACUGCUCUAUGGGUGACUUCCGGAGGAGCAGUGGAAAACGCGGCGAUCAGAUUUUGGGGGGCGGCAGCGUAAUGACUACCCUUCGGGCCUUCACAUGCGACGACCUGUUCCGCUUCAACAACAUUAACCUGGAUCCACUUACAGAAACUUAUGGGAUUCCAUUUUACUUACAGUACCUUGCCCAUUGGCCAGAGUAUUUCAUCGUUGCAGAGGCACCUGGUGGAGAGUUAAUGGGUUAUAUUAUGGGUAAAGCAGAAGGCUCAGUUGCUAGGGAAGAAUGGCAUGGACAUGUCACAGCUCUGUCUGUUGCUCCAGAAUUUCGACGCCUUGGUUUGGCUGCUAAACUUAUGGAGUUACUAGAAGAGAUUUCAGAAAGAAAAGGUGGAUUUUUUGUUGACCUCUUUGUAAGAGUAUCUAACCAAGUUGCAGUCAACAUGUACAAGCAGUUGGGCUACAGUGUAUACAGGACGGUCAUAGAGUACUACUCAGCCAGCAACGGGGAGCCGGACGAGGACGCUUAUGAUAUGAGGAAAGCACUUUCCAGGGACACUGAGAAGAAAUCCAUCAUACCACUACCUCAUCCUGUGAGGCCAGAAGACAUUGAAUAACCCUGGGCAGUGGUUCUUAGGCUGAUAUUCCAGAUAUUUUACGGACAAUAUUAUUCCCACUGGAUAAUCUUAGAGCUCUGUUAGAGAAAAAUAUUCAUUUAGGUCUUAACAAUUUCAAGAAAACAUUCUAAAUCUCAUUGUUUUCAGUUAGCAAUAUCAUACCUACUAAAGCUGUCCACUGUGAUAAAAUUCAGUCAGAAAGGCAGCUAAGUCAGAAGGAAACAGUCUACUAUCAUGGUUCAUAAGAUGCUAGGGAAAAAAAAAACUUCCUCCAGUCUCCUAAAUUCUGUGCCUGAGAACCACUGCUGCGUGCAUAUAUAUAUAAUUUUAUUUUGUACUGACUUGUUGAGUGAAGCUUUAAAAAGCAUAUAUGAAAUGCUAAAUUUAAGAUGUAUAAUAAAAUGCACUACUGAUGCU